CUUUCUUUUGCUUAGUAUAAAAGCUCUAAUCCCAGAACUCAGCUGCGUGUUGGCUACUCGGAGCUGCUGGAUUGGUCCCAGAUGGCAGAGGUAGAGGAAACACUCAAGAGACUGCAGAGCCAGAAAGGUGUGCAGGGGAUCACUGUGGUGAACACAGAAGGCAUCCCCAUCAAGAGCACUAUGGACAACCCCACUGCUACACAGUACACCAACCUCACGCACAACUUCAUCUUAAAGGCACGGAGCACUGUGUGUGAAAUCGACCCCCAGAAUGACUUAACCUUCCUUCGAUUUCAUUCCAAGAAAAACAAAAUUAUGAUGGCACCACCGAGCAAUAAAUUCUAUUUCCUGAUUGUGAUUCAGAAUCCAACUGAAUAA